AUGGAGCUGGUCGUGGUGAAUGUGACGAAUGCGUCGUUAUCGCUCGCCACACCUGUGCUUCUUUCGGUUCCGUCUGUCACCCGUUUACCGAGUAUCAGCGUGCAGAUAGCCUCUAUCGGGUUGUCUGCGUUCGGCAUACUCGGUAACCUGCUGGCGCUUUUUAUAUUGCACCAGACCCGAUCAAGCAGCAACAAGAAAAACGUCUUCAUGUUGUGGUGCCUGGCCAUCAACGAUUCCGUUGUGCUCGUCGGCAGGGUGAUUCAUAUGUUAUUCAUGGACAUCAGAUGGCUGGACUCUAAGAAGAUUGUGUGGUCGUGCCGGAUCAGCGUCCUGUGGCAGUUCUUUGGGCUGAAUGCUGGGUGCGUGGCUCUCAUAAUGGCUGUCGAACGUUGGUUGGCGCUUACCAAACCGCUUUUUUACAAAAAGAUGCGUACUUACCUGUUAUUUCUGCUGCACUGCACACAGUCUUAA